AUGGAUAAUGAAGAAGUAUUUUAUGAUGAAAGUGAUAAAGAAAAUGAUGAAAAUGAUGAGAAUAAUGAAUGUGAUGAAUUUAUAAGAUCAUGGUUAGAAAUAUUAGUAGAAGAUACUAAUAAUGGAAUUAAUAAUAUUUCAGGUAAUCAAAUAGAUGAAGAUUCUUCCGAAUUCAAUGCAUUACUUGAAAAUCAAAUUCAUCCUGCAGAUAAUGACGAUGCAAAAUGGGAUUUAACAACUUUAUUCAAAUUUGGUAAUUCCAGUAUUCCAAAAUAA